UGGUGCAUUCAUUGUAAAACUCUGCUUUUUUUUUUUAAUAAUUGAACUUCCUCUCUUGAAGGUCUGAAAACUUAAAGUAAUUCGUCGAUUAAUUUCCUAUUUGUAUUGUUGUAAUUGACUAAAGUAAUUUAUUUUAAGGGCUAUUUUAAAAUUCUACUUUAAGUGGCAAUUUUAUUUCUCAGUUUCUUUCAUUCCCCAUUCCCAAAUUUGCUUUUCAAUUAGUUACCGUUGUAACUACCUAAUUAUUUCCCCUUUGUUAAUUUGGUUGCUAGUGACCACUAGAGUGCGAUGUCACAUUGUUAUUACAACAUGUCAGCGCUUUAACACUGAUUUAAGAUUAAUUCCUCUGUGUAAUAUAUUCAUAUUUAUUAUGAAAUGAUGUUCUGUUACAACACUUCUAACGUCGAUACACCCUGUGAAUAAGCACACAUCUCUUCGUAGCAAGUACUAUUAAUGAAUAUAUGGCAACGGCCGAUUAUGUCUCUUCAACAGAUAAAACAAAACACAUUUCUAAAUUGACUUCAGUUCUUGAAUACAUUUUACAGUAUGUUGAAGGUAAAAAGGAAGAAUUGGAGAGUCGGUCUAUUGAAAACAAGAAAUUAUUUAAGAAAGCGUAUCUAAGUCAUAAAGGAGAAUGUGAGGUGAAGAGAAACGAAACUAUUGCUGAUAAAAAUGUUGUGGAUAAAAACCAAACAAACAAUGCUUUAGCACUUCCUGACCAAGCUGAUGUCUGUUCUUUGACUGAAGAACAGUUGGCUGAAAUUGAACUAAUUGACCGGGUGCUCAAGAAGGCUGAUAUAACAUGGAGAAAGCAUAAACCAAUUUCUCAAAGCAUAGAAGACAAUGAAUCUCUUUCUAAAGAAUGGAAACAAAUUCUUGACUCAGAAAAGAUACAGACUGAUACGACAAAAGUCAGUUCCAAUACUGAAGACAGCCUGAAGAAUUCAGAUAUUGGAGUAAUCUCUGAAGCUGCUUUGAUUCGAGUUCUCAAAGAAGUGGAUAUUCCAAAAGCCAAACCAGUGUCUUAUAGAAUUCCACAAAAGGCUGCUCCCAGAAAGAAUCCUCAAAUAGUAGUGAAAGCAAAGCAAGUAUCAAACACGAAACCCUCUUCAGUGUCAAAGACAUUGGUGAAGAAAGAUAGCAAGUCUAAAAACAUCGAGAAAGACCACUCAACAAAGAUCUUAGAUAAAGCUGAAAAGAAUUGUCAAAAUUCUCAGACUGAUUUGAUUCCUUGUUCCAAAGAACAGGUCACGGUUUCUUCAAAAGAUCAAACAAGUAGAGGUAAUGAUGACCAUCCCACAGUCAGGUCCUGUUUUACAGUGCCGACAAAUAUCAAAUCACUUUGGAAAGAAAAAUAUUCUUUAAGGCAGAAAAUUCGGAAGCUGUCACAGAAUUCCUCUCCUGCUGAUUCCUUCUGCACUUUACUGGAAACGGAGAUUGAGUCCUCUUUCCCGUGUGGCAAGCUUCAAGUUCAGUUACUUUCAAAACAGUAUGAUGACCUCAAUAAACUACUGCAGACUCUGGACUAUGUUUGUGUUUCCGAUAUCUCUAGUCCUAAAGAUAUUUUGCGUGUGAAGGUAUACAUUACACACGUAAUUGUAAAAACACUGGAGCUCAAUCAACAGACAGAAAAACUUCUCAGAGAAGCUCAGUAUUCUCAGCAAGCACAAGGUAAUACACCUGCCAAGAUGCAACACAAAUCAUUUAUUUCCAAAUCAGAAAUUCCUUUUGAGGUUUGGCUUCCACCUUAUCUUUACCAAUCAUCUGAAGAAAAUUGGAAGAAACUGUCUCUGAAUCUCUGCUAUUCAAGUGUCACAGAACUAAACAAGUAUUGGCAACUGACCCAUCAGCUACAGCUAAAAAUAUUGUCCGGUCAUCUUUUGGAGUUGUUUGCUAAUAGCUUGAUGUCUCUGCUGACAUCAUCUGACAUACCAAAAAGUGACAAAGUGAUUAUCUUCCGAGUACUUCAAGGUAUUUUGUGGCACAAUGGAGAGCAGUUUCCCAUAUUACUUAAACCCAGAAGUUCCACUAGUUAACAGUUGUCACCUACCAAUUGCUCUUCUGGAAGAGCAAUGAAUUAUAUCCAAACUUGGGAGAAAAGCUCUUUGGAGUAAGUCAACUUUUACUCACAUCUGAUGGAAAUGAAGAAGAAAACUUCAGAGUAGAAGACUUGAGUAUGGCUUUUCAUAAAAUGAUAGCACAAUUGAUGAAAAACAUUAGUGUGACUGACUUUUCAUGAAUUCUAUCACUUAAGUGUGGUUUUCUGGUGGAGGGAAGGGUCACCCAUAUUUAACUUGCUGUUAAUAGGACAUGUAGCUUUCUAUGAACAGGAAGAUGUGUGUGAUUUUUCAUUAACAAGGGAAAAUCCCUGAUUCAGAGAGAUCUCUAUCAAUAGCAGUGGAAGGUAAGGUGAGCAUUCCUGUGUAUUUAUGUUGGUAUUUUGACUGUGGUGAGUGCUGAAGAUAUUGCUGAGAGGUUUUCUUUUGGUGUGGGUUUUGUAUCAGGGCUUGUUGGUCUUGGUAGUGGUGAUGAUGCUGCUACUUCUGUAUUUGUUGCUUUGGGUUUUGCUGUUGUGUUUGAGGUGUUGGCAUUGAAGGCGCUUCUUCCUUUCGAUCUUUGUUCUGGGAAGAAAACCCUUUAAAUGCUUAAAGGUACCACAUAAUGUACAAAUUUGAUGUAUUUUCAUGUAUGUGAAUUAAGAAAUAAUGAAAUUGUCAAAAGAUGAGAAGUGAAAAAUCUUGCGUAAAUGUAGGACACAGCUUUUGGCUACAACAAGAAUAAUCUCUAUAGAGAGCUGAAUGCCGGGCUUUCUGUAAGCUGACUAAAAAAUUCUAGAACAUUCCAUAAAACCUUUACAUGUGAAAAUUAAGCUUUGCUUUUUUGUCUGUCAAAAACUGGCAUCAAAGAUUGGCUAUCAAAUAUAAUUGGUUGGUAUUAUAAUAGAGUCCAGGGAUAUAGUCAAAAUUAAUUCCACUUGACAUUAUCAAAUAUUGUAAUAUUGAUCACUAAUGGUAAUUAUUUCUGGUCAACAUUAUCAAAUAUAAUAAUAUUAUUCACCAACAGUUUUGACUUUUAAACUUACAACAUUCCAGGUUUGAAUUCAAGGAAGUUCUCUCUGCUACUGUAUUGGUAUGAAUUCUUCCUAGAAGCAUGUAUUUGUGUCUCUUUUCUUAGUUUCCUCUUCCUUAAGGCAUAAGGCUACAACCAUUUAAUGACCUUCCUCUCUUCACAUUCCAUAUCAAAGCACUAACAUCUUUCAAACACUUCUUGGCCUUUAUCAGGACUGGAUUGUCUACUUUUAAGGUUUUUUUUUAAU